GACGAGUACCCCUCGGCGCAUGACGAUCAGUAAUUUCUGCAGGGUCGGUACAUGUGUCAAACGGAGAGAAGUCGAACUCAACGUCAAUGUCAAGAAUGAUGAGGAAGGGGAGAUAAAGGAUGACCAACAGUUUUAUGAACAGAAUAGAUCGUAAACAUCGUAUCUGUGCAAAUAGUCGAGUUGUCCGCUCAAAAUACAGUGAAGAAAACACCAGGAUAAAUUUAGAAUUUGUAUUUUUCACUGAAAGUGAGUAGUUUCUUUAUAAAUGAAUUUAUUCUAUAUUUACCGAACAUUUGUUCUUAGAUUAUUAGAAAUUCCUACUUAACCUACAAUUUGAGCUUAAUACCUAAAGGAAGUUUACAAGAAAAGAAACUGAUAAAUUCUAAAGCUGAUCCCUACAAACCCAGAGUUUUAGUACGGGACUGCUGAGAAACGGUUUCAACAUUCCUUUAGAAUUUAUCAACGUGGUGGAAUUUCCUGAACAAUGGCGGAGAACAAUGCCCCGCAGCGCAGUUGUGCCUUUUGCUCCCAACCCGACGAACAUGAUGACAUGGUGGCAUGUGACACGUGUCAGCACUGGCAUCACUACUCUUGCGCCAAAGUCGAUGCCAGUGUGAAGGAUCGGGAAUGGCAAUGCACGAACUGCACUAUGGAAGGUAAAGGUGCGAAACCUAAAGGGACGGCAAAUCCGCUGGAGAACCUUCCAGUCCCGGUGAGGAAGUCAGGCGCAAAAUCAUCGGCCGGCAGCAAAACUAGCCGGAGGUCCAAAAAAGGAAUCGGUGAGCAAAGCGUUACUUCGAGCUCCCGAAUGCGGUUAGAAUUGGAGCUGAAAGCUGUAGAAGACCAGCAGAAGAUCCGCGAAGAAGAACUCGCCGCGGAGAAGGAGCUACUGGAUCUUCAAAGGAAGCUCGAAGAGGAACUACGGGAGAAGGAGUUGGCGAUCGAAGCAAAACGAAUCGCCGAAGCGAAGGCCGCUUUGAAGCAGAAGAUAUCCGAGGAGCGGGAAUUCAGGAUGAAACAGAUGGAAAUCAGGAGACGCUCGGAGGAAGAAAAGGCAAAGCUGAUUCGGCAGGCGUCCGAGUACGGCAGCAGCAGGGGCAGUUUAAUUGGUACCAAUGCCGAUUCGAAGGACAAGGUGGAAGAUUGGCUGGAGAAGUCGACGCAGCAGACAGCGGGACCCCUGAAAGAGUUCACGUCAGCAGUUGACCCUAGUCGUGGUCAAAGCCAGGUACCCCUCGAGCAAACUACUAACCGCCAAACAGCCAACAUUAGGGCCGAUAGGAGCUUAGGCAUUCCCCCACUAACAAUGCGAAAUAAAAUUGUCUCCUCCGUGAAACUGCUCCCUGUACAGACUUUGGUUAGCCAGCUAAACGAAGACCAGCAAGCUCACUCGAAUGGUUACGAAAAUCGACAUUUCGUGGAUGAGUUUGACAGACAAAAUGUGGGUGGUGUUUCUGGUGACCAAGUCAAUUCAGACGGUCGCAAUCUGAAACUGUUGGUGGGUGGAAUCGAUCGUGUCAGUGUAUGGGAAGAUCGUCAACGAGUGCGAGUUCGUGAACAAACUGAAAGUGAUAAUUUCGGACGCGGUGCGGGAAACACGAACGAAGUGCUGACGAGCAGUAUCGGUGGUACCAGACAACACGACAACCCAGCGCGUUCCGCGGAGGAACCAGAUGCGGGAUUGCGAAGAUUGUGCAACGACGAAGUGGCAACGGGGCCAAUCAGACCGGAUAUCAGCGGUAGAAGACAGCAACCAGUACCGAGAAGUAAUGAGUCAAACACUCAAGCGAGCUGUAAUGACGGCUACUUCUUGGAAGGUCCAACAGGUAGGCAGCUGGCAGCUAGGCAAGUCAUGGGGAAGGAUUUGCCAAUAUUUUCCGGAAAUCCUGAAGAAUGGCCCAUAUGGAUCAGCAAUUUUCGGCGGUCAACUUCUACUUGUGGGUUUUCCGACGACGAAAACCUGAUACGACUGCAACGUUGUUUGAAAGGUUCAGCUCUCGAAGCGGUACGCAGCAGGCUGUUGUGUCCGGCUAGUGUUCCGCAUGUAAUUCGAACGCUAGAGAUGCGAUACGGUCGUCCGGAGACAUUAAUUCGCUCGAUGACGGAGCGAGUUCGUCGAUUACCUUCUCUGAAAAUCCACGAUCUGGAAGCGGUCAUCGAAUUUGGAUUGGUUGUGGACAAUUUGGUGCAACAUCUGAAGAACGCGGGACAGCAGGCACAUCUGGCUAAUCCGGCCCUUCUGCACGAUCUGGUGGGAAAAUUGCCUGUUGAUUACAGACUCAAGUGGUCGGCGUACAAAAGUAUGCAGUUCAACGUGGAUUUGGAUACGUUUGGGCAGUUCAUGUCAACUUUAGUAGAGCUAGCCUAUGACGUGGCGGAUGAUUUCUCAAUCAACGAAAAACAUAAGCAAAAGACCAAGGAUCGGGCUUUCGUACAGACGCACACAGAAACCGCCGUGUCGUCAGAGAACGUACCGGUUAACGCUGCGGGUUCCCGUAAUCCGAGAAAACCUUGUGCCAUUUGUAAAGCGGAAGGACAGCGGGUGGCGGAAUGCAGCCGGUUCAAGUCGAUGGAUAUAAGCGGAAGAUUGAAGGCCGUACAGCAGAGUGGUCUUUGUCGAUCGUGUUUGAAUUUCCACGGGAAGUGGCCGUGCAAGACUGCGAAGGAAUGUGGAAUCAACGAUUGCCGGCUGAAACAUCAUUCGCUGUUACAUUCUCCAGUAGCAGUUCAUGCGGCGGUGUCUACGAGUCAUGCGAACGAGUCGGCAGCGAGCGGAGGGCCAUUGUUCCGGAUUAUACCCGUGACGCUAUACGGGAAGGGCUGUGAAGUGAACAUCUACGCCUUUGUGGACGAAGGAUCAAAAAUUACGCUGUUGGAGGAUACCGUAGCGGAUCAACUGGGAAUCACUGGACCAACGGAACCGUUGAACUUGCAGUGGACCGGGAACAUCAAGCGUAGUGAGCCCAAAUCGCGGCGGAUCAACGCUGAGAUUUCAGGCAGAGGAUCAACGAAACAGUAUCAACUGAGCAACGCUCGGACAGUUGGUGGAUUACUGCUCCCAUCGCAAACAGUGAGCUACGAAGAAAUGUGUGAUCGAUACCCCCAUCUACGUGGUCUACCCAUUCAAAGCUACGAGAAGGUAUCUCCAAAACUCUUGAUUGGUCUUGACAAUUUGAAGCUCACCGUACCGUUAAAAAUCAGAGAAGGAAGAUGGGUAGAACCGAUAGCCGCCAAGUGCCGCAUCGGGUGGAGCAUCUACGGAUGCGCAAUAACGUCAGCGUCAACGGUCGUAUGUGGGCUUCACUUUGGAGGAUGGACCAAUCAGGAAUAGGAGCUC